AUGCGCAUCCAAGUCCGAGGCACCGCCCCGUACAACAGCGGCGAUGUCGUCGUCUUGGAAAACAUCACCGUGGCGGAGCUGCGCAACAACCUCAUGGCCAGGUUUAACAUCGACCCCGCGACGCACGGCAUCCGCCUGCUAUACCGCGGACGACUGAUGCAGGACCCCAACUCGGUGAGUAGCUACGGUGUGGAGGAAGGCAGCACCGUGCACAUUGUUGUGCAGCCCCGUCAGCCGGAGGGCGGCAGCAACGGAGGCGGUGAAGAGCACAGCGCUGGCCCGAACCAACAACACCAGUUCACGAUGCCUCAGUUCUCCUUUGGUACGGCGGACAACAACGGCUACAACUACGUCUCCGGCGGCGGCUUCUCUUGGCAGCCCUUUGCCUCUACGAUCGCCAGCUCCAUCUCUACCGCCUUUCAGCAGCAUCAGCAGACGGCGCCGCAGGGGUCGUCGAUGCCAUCGACAGCACCUCCAGCGUCAGACAACACUCCGCACGUGACCUUCUCUUAUGAGAUGGGCUCGAACGUGCCGAGGAGCGACGGCACAGAUGCCGGUGGUAGUGGUAUCGAUGCAGCGGCAGCGGCAGCCAACCCUGCGGUGGCUGCCACCGUGAACGCCUUUACUUCGCAGCUGCCGUGGCUGAUCUCGUCCGUUCUUUCCAACUCGCUGAACGGUAAUGCGAGCACUCAACAGUCGCAGCAGCAGCAGCAGCAGCAGCAGCAGCAGCAGCAGCCAUCCACCGCAGGUGCUACGCCAGCGGAAAUGACGGGUGGGACGGCGGCGGCACCAGCAGGCCCAGCCCCUGGUGGCACGGGUGCAGGUGCCGCGGCGGACGCCGCAGCGCCAGGGCAACGUGAGUCCUCCACACCUUCCCCGGCGGCACCGCAGCCACCAGCUGCUCCUGCACCUGCUGCUGCUGCCGGUGGUGCUGCCCCGCAGCCCACUUUUCACUUCACCACGGCUGCCUCGCCACCACGCAUGGAUGUGUUUGUGGGCAGCGCAGCGCCGUCGAUGUCGCCUCCGCAGUACCCGCCGCAGCAGCCAUCGGUUGUGCACAUCCAUGUGCACUGCACGCCAGAGGAGCUGGACGCACUGCCGGAGCGUCUGCGACGGCUCUCUGCGCAGAUCCCAGUGAGUCAUGUGACGCUGCAGGCGGACACAACAGAUCGUAACAGCUAUACCCAGCCCGCGAUGCAGGAACAGCAGCAGCAACCGCGCACCACGGCCGCCUUCCAGGCGAACAACACCAGCGCCUCCUCUGCGAGCGACACGCAGACGCCAUGGAUCAACGAAGCCAUGAGCACCACGCUGGCAACCCUGGGAAUGCCGCAGCUGAUGCAGCUGGCAGCGGGCAACUAUAACGUCCUCGCGAGCCUGCGGGCGCCAUUGCGGGAGCAGGUACAACGGCGACUCAACGGAACGGACGAGUCGCCAGCUGCUGUGGUGCAUAUGGCCCAGAAUGAGGCGAGGCAGCUCAGCGAGCGUAUCUUCAGCAUGUCGACUGUGCAGAGCCUCAUGACGCAGCAGACGGCAGCGGCCACGAGUGCUGGGAGGACCGUUGAGGAGGUGUCUCAGCGCGUGGGGACAUUCCGGCAGGAGCUUCAGCGCUACCUCGAGCACUUCUACGUGUCUGUCAUGCAGCACCUCUCCCGAAGCUCGGCAAACGCGGCGGAAUGGAGUCGGGACCUACGCAACAUCGUGGUGCGCUACGUUGGCAUGGUCCUCAGCCGCUCCACACGGUGGUUCGAAGGCGGUAGCGGCGCCUUUCAGCCCGCCAUGGCAAACAUUAUGCAGACACUCCUGCAGAGCAGCGGCGUGCAACAGCAGUACCCCAUGCUGCAGGCUUUCUCCUCCAUGCUCAGCCCGAUGCUGCAGUCACUACUGGGUCAGUGGGAGCGGGAGUAUGACCAAAGCAUGCGGCGCAGCGACGACAGCCUGCAGUUCGAGCAGGACGCGUCACAGCAGCCGACCGCGCCACUCCUACCGGCACAGGCGCCAGUCAGCGCCCCCGCCACCGACACCCUCGACAGCGCCGUGGGCAAGCGCAUGACCGCCGCGGACCGCGGCGACGACGACGAUUUCGAGGAUCUUGCGAAGGAGUUGAUGGAGGACGCUGACAACGACGCGCCCCAGCCAGCAAAGAAGGCGGUCACGCCGAAGUCACGGCCGUUGGAGGCGCCAAGCGGCGACCUGUCGGCGGUAGCCUCUCAGACCCGCCUGGCAUCCGCUGUGGAGGAAUGGGAGGAAGCAUGCAAUGUGCCGCACUCGGUCGCCGAGCGGGUGCGUGACAUGGCGGCCCGCUACGCUGAGGCGUGUGUGACUCAGGCGCCGCCGAACAACACCUCGGAGAGCGCGUCCGCACCGCAAACGCCACCGCCAUUGCAUGAUGGAGAGCCACAGGACUCGUCCACGCGCGGGCACAGUGACGACUGGGUGAUGUGGGAGGCAAACCCCUAUGGCAACUCCGCCUCGCACCGGUAG